AUGGCUCUCGCUGCCCCGUUGGCAUCGACUGGAAGCAUCAUCUCGGCGUACUCGCCCCACACAGACAUGUCUGUCGAAUCGCCCAACUCGCCCGCCGUGGCGAAUCGCAAGAGCUUGCCGAUUUCAUCGCCCGAGUCUACUAGCUCUUCACAAGGACUCCAUCCUCACACAUUUGCGAGGCCGCAGUCCUUCGGCCAUCAUCUUAUGAGUCCCAUAAGCGACAUUGUCGGGCCCUCGCCCGUCACGUCCAACGGCACUGAAACAACCGAGAUCGAAGACGAGGAAUCAAUGGAGGCUGGCUUUUCUGGUGCUACCAGUCAGCACCCCCAGCUCAUGAUGCUCAGGACUAACAUUCCGGACCAGCUCCGGAGCUCCCUCAACGAGGAAGCCGUCUCAGUCAUACACGCACCACAGUCUUUUCAAUCUUGGCCCGAUAAGCCGGCCGACAUAGUGAGCCCUCCACCAAGCGAGCACUCUGUCAAGUCCAAAUCCCCAACCCUCUCUCCACCACCAAUUUCGACAAAUGUCAAGCCCGUGCAAUACUCUCUUGAGUCGGCGACGCCUCAGGCCCAGAACCUCCAGGAUGUCAUCAACGACCACGCGAGGUUACGAUCGAGCAGCGCCAGCAGCCUAGAAUUGAUUCCCGAGAACUUUCAGGGUGAAUCCGACGCGGAGCUGUACCACAACGAGGAUCAGUACAGCCCAGCAAUGGAGGAAGAUAAUGAGAUCCAGGCGCUCAAAACGGCCCUGGAGGAAUGCUGGACCCUCUGCAACACCCUCGCGAACCUGAGCUCAAUCCACCGGGAGCGCGUUUUCAACAGCUCGUGUACGCCCGACGCCCAUGAGAAAGCAUGGAAGAGCUGCUGGAAGCUAUGUCAGCGCUUGUACCUCAGUCGAGACGACAUGAUGGAGACUCACCACGGCCGGACAAACUUGGAUCUAUGCCGCGAUUUCUGCCAGUCUCUGUUUGACGUCCGCACACGCAAGGACGACACUGCCGACUCCAUCCUCCGGGUCAGCUUUGAACUCAACAACCACCUUUACAGCGCCCAGGACAGUCGGAAUCUCCCCGAGGCCUUCAGGGAAAGGACGCUCGAUUUUUACAUCACCCUGUGUCACCGCCUGAUGAAGCAGCGGAGCGAGCUCGCCGAAGAAACCGACUCUCUUCUUCGAGCAUGCUGGUCGCUCGCCGAAAUGCUCUUUAGCCUGCGUCAGAGUCGAAGGGACUCCAAGACGCCCGACGAGGAGCUGCUAGGCUCGGCCGUGCAGGCAUGCUGGGAGCUUUGCGAUAUCUUCCGAGAGGGCUGGACACAGAUCAGGCCAGACCGCGGGACUCCUCGACCGAGCCAGAUGACCUUCUCCCCCCAUAGCGGCGUUGCAUCCGACGCACGGUCCAACACGGGCAGUCGGGCAUCGAUUCACUCGAAGCGCGAGAGCCUGCGGAGUGUUCCUGAAGAGAGAUCGCGGAAGCACAAGGCACCAGUGCCCGAGACUCCCGUGACCGAGUUUGAGGACACGCCGAUAUCCCCCGAGAGUUCCAGCCCACAGAUGCCCAACAUUCUUGUCCUGGGCACAGGCGGGUCCGAUGCGGGCAGGUCUGGCAGCCACGGGCCUCGCUGGUCCAGUAGCGCAUCGAACCUAUCCGGGUACACGCAGAGCAGCACCAAGACGAGCAGCACUGCGACGGCUGGGACGGCGACGGCCGAGGACGUCAACAUCAUGCGCAUCAAAGCCCUGAUCGUCAAGGCAGCCAUGAACCUCGGCUUCAGCCGGGAUGCUGCCGUGGUGGAUGGACUCGGGGGCGCCACGUCGCUGCAGGCGUUUGUUAAGAGUCUGCCUCCAGGAUCUUUCGGAAGCCUCCCCUCGCACGCGACGGUUCUGCAAAACUACAAGAAUUUGGUGCUUGCGGACCCCGUGUUCCGGGCGUCGGCGAGCCUCCCUGCGAGGGGCAAACGGCUCAACGCAUCUGAUAUCGGCAGGAGUGUGGGCUGGAUGAUGCACCGGUCGACGCACUAUGGGUUCCUCAGGGACUUGUUCAAGAUCGUUUUUGGGUUCCCGCUCGAAGACUCGGAGAUGCGCAAGGGCAGCGUUGUCAUUGUCAUCUGA